AUGACCAAUCUCUCUGGGUUCGGCUGCUUCAUGCAAGAUCUGAUCCAGCGGCCGCAAGACGAGGGCUGCUACAUUGUCGACUGGCACUCGCAAUCCGUUGAGGACUCGCUUCUGCCAGAAGACACAGCGGCAGCACAUCAACCAGACGAACCGUGUCGAGCGGCUGAGCCCGCUGCUGGACUGGAAGAACCUCGGCAUCGAGUAUUUGAAGGCGCGGCAGCUUGCGCUCGAGUGAGGAGCUCGACUUGGCAUGGAGCACAUGAUGCCAAACUUGGUCCCCACAAGCCCGCGCUUCUGCAUGUCUGGCUUCGUGACCCUGGUGACAUUGGCAUGCUCACAGAGGAGAUGCAGAUGUCGGGCAUGAGCGACUACCGCGGCUACCAGUGGCCGAGGCAUAUGGAAGAUGAAGACGAGGGGCACCCGAUCCGGCUGGUCAUGAAGUAUCAUAUGAGUUAG